AUGGUGUCAAAAAGCAUCAAUUUACGUGAGCGGCGCCAUGCGUGGUCGGAACGCAUCAAGUUUAUCAAACUUUUUCUGUGCUGGUGCUGCGAAAGUGAUGCGUUUCUAUGUCCUAGGAUAUUUUUGACACCUGAAAUACUAUUCCGCUUUUUACCUCCCCAGAGCAAGAAGCGCGCCGAUAUGUGCCCUGCCCAGGCAUUGAGUGGGUGCUACCAAAAGAGUCGCGAAUGCAUUAAAGUGCAGCUCCAAGAGGCCAUGGCCGCUACCGUAGCUGCCAGGACGGCUGUGGAGAAAGAACUGGCCGAGUUGCUCGAAAUCCAAGAGGUUGUCAAUUUGCAUGGGGCGGAUGUCCUCGAAGCUGGCGUGGACCACGGAGUCCGGCCUGCUGCUCCAGCCUCGCCAUGA